AUGUCGACGACGUUUGUGGCUUUGACCCAGGGGCCCAUUCUCACGUUCGUCUUUCGCGAUGUGGUGUCGCAGUACGAGGCGCUCGCUCGUGUAGAGACAUUUUAUGAGUCGGAAAAACAUGCGGGGCGGUACCUGUCGUGGGACGAAGCGCGACGAGAGCGUGUAUGCAAGGGAUACCAGGCCUUUAAUCUGCCUCUGGCCUCGGUGGCAGCUUGGCUUCUUGCCAUGCGCACAUGCGUGCCAUGUGAAGAAUCAGACAACGAAAAGCCAUUUUGGUAUGCUCACUGUUCCGAGCAAGAGCGAGACGUACUGCAUCGCCUCAAGGAACAUGGUGUAUUAGACGAGGAUGGCACACUCUUGUCCACAACGCCCUGCACCUAUCUCAUUUCUGCCACAGCCACUCACACCGAAAUCUCCCUGGCUCAUGAGCGCUUGCACGCACUCUACUUUCUAUCGCCAUCAUAUCGCGCGCUUUUGACGUCGCUGUGGGACACUAUGCCACGUGCGAUUGCUUCAGCGAUAGAAUGCGACUUGAAGAUGCGCGGGUACAAACCAUCGGUCUGGCAGGACGAAAUGGGCGCGUACCUAGGCGUGCGCAUAACAGCCAAAGGCCGUCGCCACGAUCCGUGCCAUGAGUUUGGGAACAAGUGUGCAGCUACAUGCGCCGAAAUACGUGUUCUUCUUCUUCAACGGAUUCCAUUAUGCUGGCAAGAAGAUGUAGGCAUCCAAGAAGACUACGUCACGAUUUCUGAUUCAGAAUGGACACAGCUCAUCAGCGCUUUGACCCCUGCACCUUGCCCCCCUGCCCCACCUACACGUGGUGGCCGGCGACGCCGGCGGUGA